AUGGCACGUCGCGGUUUAUCGUUGCAAGAAAUGCUUGAUUUCAUUCAAGAACUCGAUGAAGCAGAAGAUCAAAAUCAACUGUGUGAUAUUCCAACCACUCUUUAUAUCGAGCCUCCUGUGGAUGGCAACGAAUCUGGCGAAGAUGACGCUGAAGAUGAUUGUGCGGGCAUUCCAGAUAAUGUUUGCCCGGCUCAGCUAAGAGGUGGCUGCGAAGUUGUUAUGGCUAGUGGGCGACGUAUGCAAGGUUUCGAUGAAGAGAAGGAUAUGGGAGGCAUGUUUAGAGACGCACCAAAUCCAGGUGAUUUGCCUGUUAUUGAGGUUGCAGACACUUAUAAUGAGAUAGAGGAUGAAGAAACAAGGGCUAAUCGUUCAGAAUCUCCAAUGAGGAAGCGCUUAUGUAAAAUUGAACCGAAACCUUCAAACGUUGCAUUGCCAUCAGGAAACAAGGAAACUGUUUUUGAAUGGAUCAAGAAGAAAUCGUCAUCUCUAAUUCCAAUUUUUCCAAGCGCAAAUUACGAAGAUUGUCGCCAUUCACUGCCACACGAACAGUUUGAAAAAUUUUUUGAUGACACGUUAUUGGAACAUAUUUGCGAACAAAGUGCGUUAUAUUCGGUGGAACAGAAUAGACCGAACCCAAAUAUAACAGUCAGCGAACUUAGAGCAUUCAUAGGCAUAUUGAUCGUCACUGGCUACAGUUAUCACUCCAAUUACAAACAUUUGUGGAGUCAGGAUGAAGACAUUCGGAACAAUCUUGUCAGUAACACUAUGCGUCGGAAUCGUUUUCAAGAGAUUUUGCAAAAUCUUCACUUCGAAAAAAAUUCCAAGGCUUCUUCAAAAGACGGCCCAAAUCCUGACAAAAUGUGGAAACUGCGUCCUCUUACGGAUCAUUUGAAAGCAAAAAUGAUAGAAAAUUUCCAUCCGGAACAAAAUCUUUCUUUCGACGAAAUCCUGGACCUGCGCCCUUUCACAGAUAUGCAUACCAACCAGGUCGAGUUGAACAUACUCUGCGCUAUGAUCAGGUUGGACAUUUUGUGGUACCAUCAAAUCGUAGGCAUUGUGCCAGUGACGGAUGCAGAGUUAAUGGACGAACUGCAUGUGGUAAAUGCAACGUAG